AUACGUUUUGAUAAGAUGACUCUGUGUGGGAACAGUGAAUUUUACAGCUUAUCUAGAAAGUAGCUGAAUAAUGUAAGAGCAUCAUGGAUUGCUCUUUGUUUUUUCAGUCCCACCCUCUCACUUGGAAUGUUAUGGAAAACCAAGUCCACAUAAUAGAUUUCCUGUAAAACCACCAAAAAUUAUUAAAUAACAGUACUGUAAAAUGCACAAGUGCUAAAGUAUCUCCAUGUGCGGUGCAUGUUCUUUAUUCAUUCUUGUCUCUAAUCCCUCAAAUUCCCCUGUUUCCACCAGUGUUUGUUUUUUCUUUUGGGGGGAGGUUGGUUUUGUUUCUUUUGAGGUCCACUGCCAUCUUCAAUGCCGGUCAUUUUUCUUUUAAAUUUCCAUUUGAUUGGCGCUUUUUCACUCAUGAAGUGAGUGCUUAGCAGUUUUCAUGGCUAACAUGGCAAAAUGUUGCCAUCUGAAUGCAUGAUUUGAACGAGUUUUAAGAGUAAAUAUUUUUAGGGAAGCAUUAGAGUAGUAGUAUGCUCCAUAGGUUGCUUUUAGAUAAGAAAACCCCAUCAAUUGUGAUGUACUUGGCCGGUGACCUUACGGUUUGGUCUUCCAACAGGGUAUGAAGAGACUUAUUCUCAGAGCAGGAUGAUCGACAAAAUUCCUGGCCUGUCAAGAGAGGGAUCCCCACAGAGUGCAACAUCUGUCAAGGAGGAAAACCCCCCUCCAGAAGGAGAAAAAGAAGAGCCACUGGUAGCUCCCGUCGUGGAAGAGAGCCAAAAAUCUACAGACAAUUUUCACGAGCGACGAGCCGUUGCCAUCGCAGCCAAAGCUCAGGAGAUAGAAAAGGUGUAUCGUCAGGACUGCGAGACGUUCGGAAUGGUGGUGAAGAUGCUGGUGGCUAAAGAUCCCAACUUGGAGAAGCAGCUGCAGGUUCCCCUCCGAGAAAACCUCGGGGAGAUCCGUGAACGUUGCCUAGAGGACCUCAAACACUUCAUCAGCGAGCUGGACGACGUCAUCCGGCAGCCUGAAACUUCCACCUGUGACUCAACCAAUCCCUCUACAUCCCAGUCAGGUCAUAAACUUUCAAAGACAGCAGUCAAUCACAGCUCAUCUUACUGACGCAUCAGCCCGACGUGCUGCAUUAAUGUGAGACAGAGGAGGAAGGCUUGACGGUUUGAAGUCCGGAUUGUUCAGCAGCUCAAACCGAAACCAUGGAGGUAAGCAUGGAGGUCGCCAUGGAGAGAGGAUAUCCUUUGCAGGAAUGACCAGUGUUAUUUUUGAACGGACCAUUUUUACCUUCAAGUUUUCUGUGGGAAUUUAUCAAUCAUAAAGAAAAUGUUCUGUUAAGUUUUGUCAAAAGAAACACGUUCUUUAUUUAAAAUUAUUCUCGUCUCGCAUUGUGAAAAUGGUUAACAAGGGGUUUAUUAUUUAAUCUUCUUUUUGAUGAGAAUAUUUUGUGGAGAGCAGAGAUUCAGUUCUCCAGCAUGUUUUUGUAGUAUUUUCAGCUAUGUAAAUUUUUCUUUUGUAGCAGAUAUUUGACUUGGUGCUGCUAAAUUUACAACAGGUUAACAUACUUGUAUAAAUUUGUACUGUAAAAAAAAAAAAACAGUUAAAUUCA